AGAGUAUCCGUUUUGACUGGAUCUCCUUCGAGCAGACGACACUUAGCGGCCACAAAAACAAAGCUGGUUGAUUCUUGUGCCGCUUCAAAACGGCUUUGAAGGCCAGCUUAGAAGGUCCCGAUGGAUCAUUCCGUUCCAAAAACGGAAGAAACGGGACACACAUCAUCUAUGCUAUGGAGAUCAGCGCUUAACCGAGAGAAUAAUAACAGUAACGAAACCAUUUGCGUCGGCCCUGCAGAAAGAGACGGACCUCUCAUACGGGUGCUACGGAUAGAGGCUAAAAUUGAUAACGAACCCACCCAGAUUGAUGAAAGUUCACCUGCUGUACUGAAAUAUAGAACACCAAACUUCAGAGCCUCCGCAACAGUAGAGAUUUCUCCAUUCUGCGAGGCUGAAGCUUGGAAGGUGGGAUGGAUUCAGGCCUGCACGGAUAUGACAUUUCACAAUACCUAUGGCAAGGAGGGCUACACGAGCUGGGAGUUUCCGGAGCUGACAAGCGGCAAGCAAAGUAUGAUCAGUGACUGCGAUGGUCGCCAUUAUCCUUGGUAUGGCUCGCGCAACGAAACCGUAAUUUUCAAGGGGCCGUGUGAUCGCUAUCAGACAGCAACGGUGUUCAUGAACGACAAUUUCCACCCCCAUGUCACGUGGCGCAAUCCAGCCAACCGGCACCAGCUGGAGCCUAAUCUGACCCACAUCGUGCGGGACCAAAGCUUCUACGUGUGGCUGGUGGCCUGGAACAUGGUGACCAUGAAGUCCUUCGUCCUGCAGACCAUCUCCUGGCGCAUGCAGCUUGAGAUUGACAUCGAUCCCAACAAACCGCUGGGCCAGCGCGCCCGUCUGACCAGCAACCCUGUGCCACGCCAGCCCCUGCUGCUGGACUACAACGUGCCCAUUCCGCGCUGUGCCCUCACUCCGCCCUGCGCCAACAGUGCCCAGAUGUUGGUGUGGCACCCGCGCCGAGGGCGACCCGUCUGUGUCAUUCCUCCGGUGUGGAAGACGGAGGCCCAUCGUCUGAAGCGAGAGAGCAAGUUGUGACCUGUGGCCUUGACCUUUUUUAGUUGAUCUUCUCCUGGCGCCACCGUCCGCUACAUUUGCUUUCAGGGAAUUGGCAGUCGUGUAGAAGAGAGGGAAAAUAUUCUGUUGUGGGCACGCCAAGCCACGGAUUGCCUCCUGGCAAUGAACUUGCUUACUGUGACAUCGGCUUAAAAAAAACAAAACAAAACAAAACUGCUCCUUUUAGAAGUGAAAGGAAGAUGAUUGGAGAAAGAGGCGGCUUUGAUGAUCCAGUGCUUGAUGACACCUGUAGAGCUGUGCAAUCCAGACUUUCGCUGUGGAACUUGCCGCUCAACGAGAGAUGGUCAGUGAUUUGUCCUGAGGGCACGCAGUGUCUUUGCCUUUUGUCCACCUCCGGACUGGGGAGGUCAGUGAGCAGCCUGUGUCGCUGCCCAGUGGCGGCCGGCAGCAGUUUGAUCCUGAUGGUCUCUGGCUAGUCUCUCAGGUGGACACUUGCCUCCUUACUACCUUCACCCACCCCCACUCCACGUUUUACAAGCUGUCUUUCAUCUGUUUCUGUCACAACAAAUAGGAUGUCCUCUGUGCCACACUACUGUGCUGUCAGGUCAAAUGGCUCAUGGGUGAGGGGGUGGAAGAGACAGAAGCUUAGCGUGUCAAGCAGAAAGGAAAUACAGUAAAGAAUUCGCGUUUUAAAGCACAGCUUAAGAUUUACUGUAUGCUCAGAUCAAUGUAAGGCUUCCUUUUGAUUCAUCUUAAGUAUGUUACUCGAAAAGGAGAUCUUUGAGUCAUAAUGAAACAUAAUAACUCUUAGCCAUAAUGAAGCAUAACAAUACAUAACUUGGAUCCACGUUCUUGCCAAAACUCAUUCAAGGAGGGAGGGGUCGGUGUACUAGAGCUAGCCUCGUUAAACACAUCAGUUUUAGAAUAAAACGAAAUGUAGAAGAAAAAAAAAAUAGCAACAUGCACAAAAAUCGACAGAGUAUGGUUUUGAAAACAGUUUUAGAUUAGUUUUGGUUUUCUGUUGAUGGUAGCCCGGUAAAGGUUUGUAACAAGUACACUCAGCAAUCAGGGUAGCACAGUUCGCACCAAGAGCUGAGUUAACAGCGCCUUAAGCCAUACGUAUGUAACGUUCUUAUCUUCCAUUUAAAGCCUUUUUUUUUUUUUGAAGCCCUAGAAAUGCCGUCAAGUAUUUCUUGAAUGAAUACAUUCAGCAGCUGUAUGAUGAUAGCUGAAAUGUACUGAAAGAGUGUGUCUUCACACGCUGAGGACCCCGCCGACACCUCCCUCUCCCUCCUACAUACACACAAAGCUGUGCACGUACGCGCACACAACAGCAGCUGUCACCACGACAACACACAUCCUCGGUCUAGAAUGGGAGACGAAGGGUUCAUUGUUCCAAGUCUCGCGUGACUUUGGUGAGGACACAGCUUGACGCAUCACAUUAACCUCUUUGCAGUCUCUAGGUCUCGUCUCAUGGCACUAGCAGCGAAGACUCAGAGGGCUUCAUGUAAAAUGGCGUUUUGUUGAUUUUUGCGGGGGAAGAAAUACGCUGUGUAAGUGCAAUACCAUAUUUGAUACUGUCAAAUCUAUAUUUAGCCGCAUACUUGUCUUCUGCAUGGGAGCACGCAGCUUUUGAAUUUCCUACUUAAGCAACAUUUUUAGCGAAUUCUUUAUUUAUUUUCUGAUGGCUAUGCAUUUUAUCGAUUGACUUGAUCUCUGUGAUAUAAAGACCUGCCUACCUCUUCAGGAGCUUGUGUGGAAUGCAUUUUAUCACCAGUAAGCAGAUUUGUCCAGAUUGUUUAGCUAUGUAUAUUCUUAAAUACAACAUGUAAAUAUAUAUGUAAACUUAAAAAUAAAUAAGCACAGCAGAU